AUGGCCAAGAUCGCCGAGCUGGGGGGGUCUUUCAGAACUGACGAGGACGGCCAGCGCACGUUCGAGGAUGCCGUCGUUGCCGCUGCUUUAAAGCUGUACCCCCCCUCUCACGACAAAGUGUGCGCCGCCCUCGACACGCUGGCCACAGCGUCCAGCACGACCGCCCCUGGCGUCAUUGCAGCUGGAUCGUGCUUCGAGCAACUAGUGAAAGCAAACGUGAAUCGCGAACUCAUCUUGGCCCUUCGGAUUGAGGUGGUCUCUUAUUUGUGCAGCACCCUGGGCCAGAUGGGAUUCCUUGUCCAGCAGGAAGGCGCCAACAAGGCUUGCGUCUACAUGUCCCCAAGCAAG